AGCAAAUCACUACAUUUCCAAGAUUGUUCUCAGAUGAGAACCAUUCUUUACUCCCCCUUCGGCAACCUGCACGCUCGAUCCUGUCAGAUAGACUCGGGGCCCUUCGGGAACAACUCUCAUUGCUUCAACAACCUCGGCUCUCACACUAUCAAGACCGGCAAGUACUACCAGGAUAGCAACAACGAGGACAGAGCGGGUCUGACGGUCGGGAGCAUGUGGUAUGACCCGCAAACCAACGGCUCGUGGGCCAACGGCAGGAGGGGAGGGCUGGUGCAGGCGUUUCGAUGAAGAGCGAAGGUUGCGGACAUGUGUAAAUGGUGUAAGAUGUUUAACAAACAGUUGAACUGUC